CUCCUCAAGGAGCUGCACACCUGUCCCGUAUGCCUCGAGCUCUUCCGUGAGCCGGUGAUUCUCGAGUGCGGACACCACUUAUGUCGUGUGUGCAUUACGCAGUGCUGGGAGAGCAAGUACGACGAGCACCAAACCUGCCCGCAGUUCCGGAAGACAUGCCCUCAGAAGUUGCGUCCCAACUCGCUUCUGUGUAACGUUGUGGACACCGUGAGGAGAGCCCGAUCCAUGGAUGGGAAACCCGGGGACCCGGAGCGCGCGCAGGAGGAUACAGAAGAACGACGAAGGGGGCCAGUAUGCCCAGCUCCGGUUUCAGUUUCACCGGUUCUUCACAGCGCCACGAGCCAGACCUGUGCGAGAAGCACGAGGAGAAGCUGAAGCUAUACUGUGAGGAUGAUCAGCUCGCGAUCUGCCUGGUGUGCGGGAUGUCCCGAGGCCACAAGACGCACAACGUCAUCCCCAUCAACGAGGCGUUCGAGAACUACAAGGUAACACUUUGGACAAUAUUUUGUAUUUAUGUGUCUACCUAUAUAGGUGUUUUGCUAUAGAAAUACAUAUGGGUUAAUAAUAUCACUGUCACAGGGACCUGGUGCAUUGGAAUGUGUCCAUAGCCCUGGAGGACAGCUCCAGACAGGACAGGCUUCUCUCCAUCAGGUCCAGACUCCUGAGUGGCGCAGUGGUCUAAGGCACUGCAUCGCAGUGCUAACUGUGCCACUAGAGAUCCUGGUUCGAAUCCAGGCUCUGUCGCAGCCGGCCGCGACCGGGAGACUCAUGGGUGGCGCACAAUUGGCCCAGCGUCAUCCAGGGUAGGGGAGGGAAUGGCCGGCAGGGAUGUAGCUCAGUUGAUAGAGCAUGGCGUUUGCAACGCCAGGGUUGUGGGUUCAAUUCCCACGGGGGGCCAGUAUAAAAAAAUAUAUAUAUGUAUUCACUAACUGUAAGUCGCUCUGGAUAAGAGCGUCUGCUAAAUGACUAAAAUGUAAAUGUCCAGACCAACAACAAGAUCAUGCUCAUCAAGGUAUACUGACUGCGUGUGUGUGCGUCAGCGAGAGGCUUCUGGUUUGCAUUGCCCGUCAUCCCUUAGUCUGAACCAGAAUUUCUGUUGGCCAUGCAACAUUCUCCUGCGUUGUCUCACCCAAGCACAUGCAAAUGAGUUUAAUUAUAAAGGCUUUGUCAAUACAAUUAUGUUGUCAGGUGUCACAUCAAAUAUUGGACUGUUGGGAAUGUCUAAUGCACAGUGGCACUCUGAGAUUAUUAUACAGAUUAUGGGAUUAGUGUUUACCCAUUCUUCCUCUCAGAGACAUUGCAGACACACACACACACAUAAACACACACACACAUUCUCACACACCUAAUGUAAGCACACACCACGAGAAUGAGGUAAAAUACCGGCCUUAGUUAGCACUAAGCAGGGAUAAGGUCAAUGCUAGAAUUUAGGAUGGGCCCGGGACUCUCCCUCUCCCAAGGUAAAGUCAAUAAAAGAUGUGCUGGUUAUACAGUGUACAUGUGUUUGAGGCAGAUACAGAAUGAGCAGGAUGUCAGGGAGUCCUACCUUUAAGAUGAGCACAGCACAGUCAUGUGGGCCCCAUUAAGGAGGAAUGCCCUGCGUGUCUAUGUGUCUGCUUGUUUGUCACACGCUGACAAACUUACUGUCUGCCAAUCACUUGAUCUUUCACUGCCCUCUGUCUCUCUGUCUCUCUGUGGGGCACAGGAAAUGAGUAAGGAUGUGUGUCAACAAUCUAGCCAUUAAAUGUUUGUGUGUGUGCGUGCGUGUGUGUGUGUGUGUGUGUGUGCGUGCGUGUGCGUGCGUGCGUGUGUGUGUGCGUGCGUGCGUGUGCGUGCGUGUGUGUGUAUGUAGCGGAGGUGGUUAGGUGUUCCUGUGAGGUGACCUUUUCUUUUGACUCUUUUCAGUAAACUGACUGAGAUUUUAACGGAACACUGCAUUUCUCUCCUCCUUACAUUAUCAUUGAUUGAAAUGUUGCCAUGUGUGUCUGUUUUGUGUUUCGUGAUGUCUUUGUUUUUUUAUUGUUCUAUAAUCACUGCUGUCUCCGCCUCUGGAAAGCCCGUCAUUGUAAAUAGGAAUUGGUUCUUAAUGGACUCGUAUCAUUAAAGGUUAAAUAAAAUAAAAACUUGUUUUAGCUCUAUCACCAUGACUAAAGCUCAGUGGGCUAACAACGUCUCUUAGAUGUAUUCCAUACCCAGUCGGUAACACUGAUAUUUUUCUCUGUCCCUCCCCACAUCAGGAGCGAGCUGGGGACAUAGAGGAGCAGGUGAGUGCAGAGUUUGGACGUCUGAGGGAGUUCCUUCUCCAGGAGGAGAGAGUGAAGGAGCGAGUGCGGAGGGAGAAGGAAGAGAGGCUCAACCAAUUGGAGGAGGCCCUCAAACACACCACAGAGCAAAUCAGCCAAUUAGAGCAAACCGCCGAACAGCUCCACAUCAAACUCCAAGAGGAGGAGUACCCGGCACAACUCAGGGUGAGAGGAGAGAGAGGAGGAGGAAAGGAGAGGCGAGAGAGGAGGAGGAGAGGAGAGGAGGAGGAAAGGAGAAGGCGAGAGAGGGAGGGAGUGAGAGAAGAGGAGGAGGAAAUGCGAUGAGGAAUGAGGAAAGGUGAGAGGCGAGAAGAGGAGGAGAUGGAGAGGCGAGAGAGGAGGAGGAGAGGAGUAGAAGAUUGAGGAGGAGUAGGAGAGAGGAGGAGGAAAAGUAGAGGCGAGAGAUUAGUGAGGAGAUUAGGAGGAGGGAGGAGAGGAGAGGAGAGGCAGAGAGGAGGAGAAGAGAGGAGGGGAAAGGAAAGGGGGCCAGGACAAUAGGGCAGAUGAGGCGGGGGGAAGAAGGAGAGGAGGAGGAAAAGAAAGGGGGGAGGAGGGGGGGAAAGGAGAGGCGAUGACGCGGCAGGGUGGGGAGGGAGGGGGGGAGGGAAAGGAUGAGAGGGACUGUAAUGGAGAGAGACUAAGUAAGGAAAUCUGGAUUUUAGAGAGGAGGAAAGGGGUUUUAGUGGAUAUGAAAAGGGGUGCUGUGUGUCUGUUUUGUGUUUCGUGAUGUCUUUGUUUUUUAUUGUUCUAUAAUCACUGCUGUCUCCGCCUUGGAAAGCCCGUCAUUGUAAAUAGGAAUUGGUCUUAAUGGACUCGUAUCAUUAAGGUUAAAUAAAAUAAAAACUUGUUUUAGCUCUAUCACCAUGACUAAAGCUCAGUGGGCUAACAAAGUCUCUUAGAUGAUUCCAUACCCAGUCGGUAACACUGAUAUUUUUCUCUGUCCCUCCCCACAUCAGGAGCGAGCUGGGGACAUAGAGGAAACAGGUGGGGUGCAGAGUUGGACGUCUGAGGGAGUUCCUUCUCCAAAGGGGAGAGAGAGUGAAGGAGCGAGUGCGGAGGGAGAAGGAAGAGAGGCUCAACCAAUUGGAGGAGGCCCUCAAACACAACCACAGAGCAAAUCAGCCAAUUAGAGCAAACCGCCGAACAGCUCCACAUCAAACUCCAAGAGGAGGAGUACCCGGCACACUCAGGGUGAGAGGAGAGAGAGGAGGAGGAAAGGAGGCAGGAGAAGGAGAGGAGAGAGGAGAGGAGACGGAGGAGGGAGAGAGAGGAGGGAAAGGAGAGAGAGGAGAAGGGAGACGAAAGGAGGAAUAGAGGCGAGAGGGGAGGAGGAGAGAGAGAGGGAUGGAGAGAGGAGGAGGAAGGAGGCGAGGAGGAGGAAAGGUUAGGGGAGAGUCGCUAGGGGGUUUUCCCCUUUUUUGGCCCUUUUUUUCCCAUCUUCUCCUUUCCCUUUUUUCCCCCUUUUUUUUCCUUCUCUCCCCCCUUCUUCCCCUUUUCUUCCCCCUUUUUCUCUUCCUUCCCCCGUCUUCCUUCUCUUCCCGUCCUUUUUCCCCCCUUUUUUUCCCCUCUCCCCUUUUCCUCCCUCCUUCCUCUGCCCCGGGUUUUUUUUCCUUUUUUUUUUCUUUUCCCCCUCUUCCCUUCCCUUUUCCCCUCUUUUCUUAAUUUUUCCCCUUUUUUUUUCCCUUUUUUCCCCUUUUUUUUCCCUUUUUUUUUUUCCCCUUUUUCCUUUUUUUUUUUUCUUUUUUUCUUUCCUUUCCUUUUUUUUUUUCCCCUUUUUUCCCUUUUUUUUGGUUUUUUUUUCCCUUUUUUUUUUUUUUUUUUUUUUUUUCUUCUUAAUAUUUUUUUUGGGCUUUUUUUUUAAAUUUUUUCCCCUCAAUUUUUUUUCUUUCCCCUCCCCCCCUCCCUCCUUUCCCCGGGCCCUUUACCCCUCCCCGGGCUCCCCCCCCAAAAAGUUUUUCCCCGGGGGGGUCCCUUGUUUCCCUCACCCCCUUUUCCGUUUUCCCUUUUUUUUUCCCCCCCUCUCCCUUUUCCCCCCCCCCCCCAAACCCAACCAACCAUACCCCCCCCCCCCAGUCAAAAUCACCGCCGGGCCCCCGUUUUUCCCCCCCUUAACAGCCCCCCCCCCCCCCGGGGGGGACCCCCCACCCCGAACCAGGGGGGGGGGGGGGGGGGGGGGGGGGGGGGGGGGGGCCCCCCGGGGGGGGGGGGGGAGGGGGAAAAGGGGGGGGGGUUUUUUUUUUUUAAAAAAAUAAAAUCUUUUUAGAAAAAAUUUUUAAUUUGGGGGGGUUUUUUUUUUUCGGAUUUUGUUUUUUGUUUUUCCGCGUUCCCCCUUGGGCCCCCUUUUUUUAAAGGGGGGUUUUUUGGUUAUCUUGGUUUUAAAAAAUUUUUUUAGCCCAUCCCCCCCCAAAAAACCGGGGCUCAGUUUUGUGUUUAAAACCCGGGGGAAACCCUUUAUUUUUUUUCCCCCCCGGGGGCACGGGGGGCAAAAAAAGGGGGGCGGGGGCCCCCCCAAAAAAAGGGGGGUUUUUAAAAGGGGGGGGGAGGGGGAGAGGGAGGAGUAAAAAAAAAAAGGUAAAAGGGGGAGGCCCCAAAAAACCCAAACAGGGUAAACACCAAUUGAGCAAACCCCAACAGCUCCAACAAACCCCAAAAAGGGGCCCCCACAAAAAGGGGGAGGAAAAAAAGGGGGGAAAAAAAAGGGGAAAAGGAAGGGGGGGAAAAGGGGGGGGAGGAGGGGAAAAAGGGGGGAAAGGGAGAGGGGAGAAGGAGGGCAAAGGGGGGGGGGAAACGAGAGGGGGCCGGCAAAAGGGGGGGGGGGGGGAGGCGGGAAGGGGAAGGGAGGGGGGAAAAAAAGGGGCCCGGGGGCGAGGGGGGGGAAACGAAGGGGGGGGGGGGGGGGGGAAAAGCGUCCCCCGGAGGGAGGACGUGGCACCAUGAAGCAUGGAGCCCGAGUUUCUAAGGCCCCACUUUUGGUCCAGGGGAGGCGAGAGGACCAGGGAUGAGAGGGAGGGGAUUUUCCCCCGGGGAGGACGCGGAGUGGGAGGAGACGGGAGGUAAUUGGAGGAGGAAACAAAAGGGGAAAGGAAAGAGAAGGAAAAAAAGGGGAGGAGAAAGGCCAAGGGGAAGGAAAGGGGGAGGAGAAAGAGAGCGAGGAGGAGAGAGGAGGGAGGAGAGGAGAGGAGAGGAGAGGGGAGGAGAGAGAUGGAUGCGGAGGAGGAGGAACGGAGAGGAGAGAGGCGGGGGGAGGAGGGGAAGGAGGGAGAGAAGGAGGCGAGAGGAGGAGAGGGGAGAGAGAACGGGGAGGGAGGAGAUACGAGACGGCGACGAGAUGCGCGAGAGGGGAAAGGACCGGAGAGGGGAGGAAGAAGGCGGGAGAGAGGGAGGAGAAAAGGGGAAAGGGGGAGGACUGUAAUGGAGAGAGAAUAUAGGAAUCUGGAUUUAGAGGAUGGAGGAAGGUUUUAAGUGUGUGUGGUUGGUGAUGGAAAGGAAAGAGGAGCGGUUAGAAGGUUUCUGAGUUGGAGAAGAAGAGUGUGGCUCAGCAUGGCCUCAUAUCUCUGUUGUUAUUUCUUUCAGGGAAUCAAAGAUUUUAUUGGAGGGUAAGUCAUCAAAUCCAUGGCUGUUAUUUGAUGCUACGGUUCAUAGAGCUCUGCAACAUCCACAUGACUCCACAUGAUUGAAUGAACACAGUGUUUAAUUCAUCUUUAUUUGUUCUAUAAGGGUACUUUGUAAAUUAGAUAAAGACUCAGAAACAGGCCUUUCUAGGUAAAUGAAACUCUCUGUCUCUCUCUAUCUCUCUCUCUCUCUCCGUCUCUCAGAACGUUUGACCAACCACGAGGAGAGCCUGCUACACCCCCCUCACCCCUCCAGGAGGGUAGGGGUGUACCUGGACUACGGGAGGGGUGUUGUGGUGUUUUACGACGCAGGGGAUAUGAGUCACCUGUUCACAUUCUCAGACGCCACGUUCACAGAGCCCUGUGUUCUCCUACUUCAAACCCCUGGCCAUAUCAACGGGAGAAAAACGGUGGAGCCUCUUGUUAUUGUUAGCCUGGACCCGGAGGUAUGA